AAAGGAAAAGAAACUGGAGGAGAAGGAGAAGGAAGAGGAGGAGGAGAAUCAGAAGGAGAAAGAGAAGGAGGGGAGAGGAAGAGCAGAAGGAGGAGGAGAAGAAGAACGAGAAGGAGGAGGAGAAGGAGGAAAAGAAGAAGGAGAAUAAAUUGGAGGAGAAAAAUAAGAAGAAGGGAGAGGAGGAGAAGGAGGAUUAGAAGGAGGAAGAGAAGGAGGGAAACGAGGAGGAGCAGAAUUGAGGAGGCAAAGAAGAAUGAGGGGGGGAAGGAGGAGGAGGAGGAAAAGAAGAAGGAGAAGAAAUUGGAGGAGAAAAAUAAGGCAAAAGAAGAGGAGGAUCAGAAGGAGGAAGAGAAGGAGAGCAAGAGGAGUAGCAACAGGAGGAGGAGAAGAAGAAUGAGAAGGAGGAAGAGGAGGAUAAGCAGGAGGAGGAAGAGGAGGAGGAAAAGAAGAAGGAGAAGAAAUUGGAGGAGUAAAAGAAGAAGGGAAAGGAGGAGAAGAAGGGGAGGAGGAGGAUCAAGAGGAGGAAUAGAAGGAGGAGGAGAAGAAGAACGGGAAGGAAGGAGGAAAAGAAGGAGAAGAAAGAGAAGGAGAAAAAGAAGGAGAAGGAAGAGGAGAAGCAGAAGGAGGAGGAGAAGGAGAAGGAGAAGGAGAAGGAGGACGUACCUGGCUGGCUCCGGUGAUCCACCGAUCAUCCGGUCGUGUGACCCGGAGUCUCAACUUACUGCAAAAAGAAAGCCCUCAGGUUCCUUCCUGGUCAUGGGCAGCAUCGCCUCCUGCUGCCUUCCUGCCACUCCAAAGCUCCAAUGCAAAGUUCACUUGGGACUGGAGGAGUACCGAGUGGAAGUGGAACCAAGCCUGGAGGAGACUGAGGGCAGCCUGCAACACAUCAGUGACCGAGAGAACAUGCAGGAGUUGGACACGUUGGUCAGUCCUGCAGAUCAUCCACAGACCAGCACCAUGUUCCUAAGCAAGUCUCUCAACGAUGCGAAAGAAAAACAAAGGAUACACUUUAUACGAUACUACGGUCCGGUCACCGGGUGCAAGUACAGUUCCUGCUCCACCAUCUUUCUUGAUGACAACACCGUCAGUAGGCCACACCUGAAAUACACCAUCAAAUGCGUGGCGCUGGCCAUCUACUACCACAUAAAAAACAGGGACAACGAUGGAACGCCACUCGACAUUUUUGACGAGAAGCUUCAUCCUCUCUCAAGAUCCCAACUGACGGCGGACUACGACCGGCGUGACCCAGACCGGAGGCAGACGUAUCGCUUUGUGCGCACGCUCUUCUGCGCUGCUCAACUGGCGUCCGAGUGCGCCAUCGUCUCGCUGGUGUACCUGGAGAGGCUGCUGACGUACGCAGACAUCUCCAUGAGUCCCGGCACGUGGAGGAGGAUGGUGCUGGGUGCCGUCCUGCUGGCUUCCAAGGUGUGGGAUGACCAGGCCGUGUGGAACGUGGACUACUGUCAGAUCCUCAAAGACAUGGCGGUGGAGGACAUGAAUGAGCUGGAGCGUCACUUCUUGGAGCUUCUGCAGUUCAACAUCAACGUUCCCUCCAGCGUUUACGUCAAGUAUUAUUUUGACCUACGCUCCCUCUCAGAGGCCAACGACCUCAGCAUCCCCCUGGAGCCACUCAGCCGCGACAAGGCUCAAAAACUGGAGGCUAUUUCCAGACUGUGUGACGACAGCUUCAAGGACGCGCGUCGAGCCGCCAGGAAGCACUCGGCCAGCCAGGACGACCUGUACGGGGUCACCUGGGCUCCCGCCAUCCUCUCCUAACACAAACUGGACUGAUGGCGUGCUGGACUCCGUCUUGGAGGUCAGGUGAUGUCUGGGUUUAAAAGAAAAGUUGCACGCAAAUAGACUUUCUAGAACAAAUCGCCUGUGACAUUUAACAGAAACUUUAUUUUUUUAGUUCCUUUUUAUUUCUAUAUUUCAACAGCUGGUAGAGUGGAGUAGACGUGUUCGGUUCAUUCCUAGAAAAUAAUAAAAUUAAGA